GUAGGCCCAUGUGUUGAUUUAGACUCUAGUGUUUGGGACAAUUUUUUUUGAAAUUAUUGAACAUGUCACAAAAGUUUUUUACUUUUUUUAACUUUACCUAUCUUUUGACCCUCUUCUCUUUUCUCUCUCUCAUCACACAUAAACACAGGAUUCAAGAGUAUUAUUAUACAUUUAUACCACUUUUAGAACUGAAUUGGUCUACAGCCAGUUUUGCCCACGCAGUUCUCUUGCCUUUCGACAUUCUCAAAGUCCUUUUUCCUUCUCCCCACACCUCAUUUCUUUUUUUCGCUUUUCUGCAUAAUCCACUCGGCACAUUUUGUGGGAGGAGAAAGAGGAGUCGGAGGUGGUGCUCUAUUGUUAAUUUCUUUCUCUUUCUAGAGUUAAUGUAGUUUAAUUUUAGUUUCUUUUUCUGCAACUGCCAUAGCUAUAGAACAUGUGAAAUCAAAAGACACGAUCUUUGUAAUUUCAGAUGGGCUGUCCCUUUUUUGUUUUUCAUUUCUGAUUUGUGAUUGUGAUUGUACUUGGGUGUUUGCUUUUGAACUGUUCCAGUGGUGUGCUAGACGGGUUGUGUUCACAUGUCCUGGAUUUUCUCUCUUUUUUGCCCAUUUCUUUAUUUUUUGGCAUGAAGAGUUUCUGUGGGGUUCAAUGGUAUUUUUUUUUCUCUUUUUUACAGAAAAGAGGUGGGUCAUUGCUCAAGAUCUGUGUGCUUUCAUGGACCCAUUUCUUUUUCUUUUUUUUUCCCCUUUUUUCCAUUGUUUUUAUCCUGAAAUUGUGCUUAUCUUUUGCUAUGUGGUGAUGUGCGACUUUAGUAGUAUCUGAAUGCCUUCAUUGUGUUAUAGGUUAAUUUAGUCUCCUUUUCUUGCAAUUUGAUGGUGAUCUAUUUCCUUAGUGCUUCCUCUUUCUUCUCAAGAUGUUGUCAUGGUGAUGGCUGAUUUCCCUACUGAAAGGGUAGAUUUUUUGUAUUCGACCACCAAGUAAUGGUCUUUUUCCAGCCCGAUUCACAGUUCCAGUACUCAUCACAAUGGCUUCUGAACUUCGUACAAAAAGCUCUUUAGAAAAGCACAACAAAUCUCAUUUGGGCCAAGCUGUAGAAGGAAAUUCUUGGAUGUCCACGAAAGAAUUACCCAAAAAUCUCAACAAAUCUGCCCCGAAGAAACCCACAGUCGAACUAACGAAAUCCCUUAGCUCCUCGGCAGGCAAACCAGACCCCAGAUUAAUACCGGCUAACCCAAAGGAAACAAAGUCAACCUUUGACCAAACCACCGGCCUAGAAAAAAAAGCAGUGGAGAACUUCAAGGACAGCUCGGCAUCUGCAAAGACGAGCGGUAGCGCAAAAAUCAGCGAGAGGCUCGAAUUCGUGGAGAGCGGGAAAAGCAGCCUUUGCAGAGGCAGCACGAGCACUGACAUUAGUGACGAGAGCUCGUGCAGCAGCUUGAGCAGCGCUGUCAACAAGCCCCACAAGGCAAAUGACCUGAGAUGGGAGGCAAUCCAGGCCGUCCGAUCGAAAGAUGGGGUUUUAGAUCUGAGGCAUUUCAGGCUGCUGAAAAAAUUGGGGUGUGGGGACAUCGGGAGUGUGUAUCUCUCUGAGUUGUGCGGCACAAAGUGUUAUUUUGCGAUGAAGGUAAUGGAUAAGGCGUCCCUUGCUGGCCGGAAAAAGCUUCUGCGGGCUCAGACGGAAAGGGAAAUACUGCAGUCCUUGGAUCAUCCUUUCCUGCCGAGUUUGUACACGCAUUUCGAGACAGAGAAGUUCUCGUGUCUGGUGAUGGAGUUCUGUCCAGGUGGGGACUUGCACACACUCAGGCAGAGGCAGCCAGGGAAGCAUUUUUCGGAACAGGCCGUGAAAUUUUACGUAGCCGAGGUCCUCCUAGCCUUAGAAUACCUCCACAUGCUCGGCAUCGUGUACCGCGACCUCAAGCCUGAAAACGUCCUCGUCCGCGAGGACGGCCACAUCAUGCUCUCCGACUUCGACCUCUCCCUUCGCUGCACAGUCAGCCCCACUCUCAUCAAGUCCUCAUCUACCCUCGACCCUGACCCGGCCCGCAAAAACCCCGUCUACUGCAUCCAGCCCGCCUGCAUCCAGCCCACCUCAUGCGUGGGCCCCACCACAUGCUUCGGGCCUCGCCUCUUCUCGGGCCGGCCCAAGAAGGACCGGAAGCCAUCCAAGAACGAGAUAGGGAACCAGGUGAGCCCGCUGCCCGAGCUCAUAGCCGAGCCCACAGAGGCCCGGUCCAUGUCGUUUGUCGGGACCCACGAGUAUUUGGCCCCCGAGAUUAUCAAAGGCGAGGGCCACGGAAGCGCGGUCGACUGGUGGACGUUCGGGAUUUUUCUAUACGAGCUGUUGUUCGGGAAGACUCCGUUCAAGGGGUCGGGCAAUAGGGCCACGCUGUUUAAUGUUGUGGGGCAGCCGUUGCGUUUUCCGGAGUCGCCGGUGGUGAGCUUUGCGGCCAGAGAUCUGAUCAGAGGGCUGCUGGUGAAGGAGCCGCAGAACAGGCUGGCGUAUAAACGGGGAGCGACUGAGAUCAAGCAGCACCCGUUCUUUGAGGGUGUGAAUUGGGCCUUGAUCAGGUGUGCGAGCCCGCCGGAGGUGCCGAGGCCCGUUGAGAUAGAGAGGGUUCCGGGCCCGGCGGCGGCUGCGGUGGUGGCUCAGCCACCUGCUGCUGCUGCUAUAGUGAGGGUUGCGCCAGCUGGUGGGAAGGAGAAGGGGGAUNUGGACGAUGUUGGAGUUUCUGAAUGUUGUAAUGCUGUUGUUAUUUUGUCAAAUCUGUUAGUGGUGUAG